AGCAUCUCAGCGGUUGAUAGGGGGAUCUCACCAGCAAAAAGAUGAGUAAGAAGGGAGGACUGUUGUCACUUGAUGCAUUUUCCAAGACAGUUGAAGAUGUUCGGAUCAAAACACGUUCUGGUGGUUUGAUCACGGUUGGUUGUAUUAUGAUGUUGAUCGUUUUAAUUUCUAACGAGUGGUCAGCCUUCAACAAGAUCGCCAUAAGGCCUGAAUUGGUUGUCGACAGGGACAGCAAUGCCAAACUGGACAUUAAUCUCGAUGUCACAUUCCCGGACCUCCCUUGUGACAUGAUGUCUAUGGAUAUCAUGGAUGUGAGCGGUGAAUUGCAAGUUGAUAUUCAAAAGUAUGGGUUUGUGAAGAUCAGAUUGGAUCCAAAGGGGAACAAGAUUGAAGAGAGUGAAUUGAUGAUUGGAGAUGACGAGAAGAAGAAGGAUGUUCCUGAUGAUUGGUGUGGUCCAUGUUAUGGCGCUAGAGAUCAGUCCAAGAACGAAGGUAAACCAAAGAGUGAGCAGGUUUGCUGUGAUGACUGUGAGGCUGUUAGAAAGGCAUAUGCCGAGAUUGGUUGGGCGUUCUUUGAUGGAAAAGACAUAACUCAAUGUGAAGCCGAAGGGUAUGUGAAGAAGAUCAACGAGAGAUGGGAUGAAGGAUGUAGAGUUGUUGGUAAGGCACAGUUGAACAGAAUUGACGGAAACCUCCAUUUUGCCCCAGGUGCCAGUUUCAGUGCUCCACAACGUCAUGUCCACGACCUUUCGCUCUAUAACAGAGACAGUGAUCACUCCUUCAAGCACAAGAUUAACCAUUUCAGCUUUGGACCAUCACUCGAACCUCUACACGCAUCUGAUGUCCAAGACCUAUCGUCGCAUCCAUUGGACAACUUUGAGUCCAACAUUGGAGCUAAGCAACACGUGUUUUCGUACUAUCUCAAGGUGGUUCCAACUAGAUACGAAUACCUCAACGGUACUGUCUUGGAUACGUACCAGUUCAGUGCAACUACACAUGACCGUCCUUUAAGUGGAGGACGUGAUGAGGAUCACCCAAAUACCGUCCAUGCUAGAGGUGGUAUCCCUGGAGUGUUCUUCAACUUUGAAAUGAGCGCAUUGAAGGUUAUCAACAAGGAAACAUACGGUACUACGUGGGCUGGAUUCUUGCUCAACGCUGUCAGUGCCAUUGGUGGUAUCCUGACCGUUGGUGGGGUUCUCGAUCGUACAGUGUACGCUGCGAACAGGGCACUCAAGGGCAAGAAGGAGAAAUGACGUGGCUUCCAGUUUAUCGCAUUUACAGUUGAUAGAAGUUCAUAUAUGUUUACUUGACGAUUAUAUAUUUGACAUUAUGGGU